GUGGUAUUGUUUGCUCUCCUCGCCGUAGCUGCUGCUCGUCCCAGUCUCGUCGAAUCACCCGUUGUCUACUCAGCUCCUGCUGAUACUGUUACCGUACAAGAAACCGGUUAUGCUCAUGUCGGUAAUGUAGUGAAAAGUGUUCCGUCUGCCAUCUCUCAUCACAGCAAUGCUGUUGUUCACAGCACUGCCCACACAGUUGAAGAUGUUGUGGCCCCUGCCGUUAAAACUACUGAAUAUACAACAAAAACUUUGGCUACACCCGUAGUAGAAAGUUAUGCUGUUGCCCCUACUGUUGUGAAAACUGUUGAAAGUGCUCCCCUAGUACAUAGUACCGUAGCUGCUACUCCCCUAGUGCAGUCUGUAGCUACUCCUGUUGUUCACACUUAUGCUGCUGCCGCUCCUGUUUUACACUCUUAUGCUGCCCCUGUAACAACUUAUGCUGCUUCUUCACCUUUGACCUACACCGCUACCGGUGUCUGGUAAGUUGGAUUGACGUAGUUGAUAAAAUACAAUGGAUAUGAUUUAGUUUUUAUAAUGACUGUUGGAGUUUAGUUGGAUGGAAAAAAUUGUUAUAUAUAAAAAAUAAAUUCAAUUGAAAAUAUUUAUUGAAUGAAAA